AUGACGGACAUCACAACUCCCAACGAGACCCCGGAGAAAAAUGCAGUGGGACUAUUGCUGUUUUUAUUAAGGCAAACCUGUGUCAAUCAAUCUCAUUAUAGCAAGCUGAAAGCAUCGUCAAGUACUACCAACUCCGUGUCUGUGUACGUGAGCGUGGUUGACUCUAAAUCAUACUUUGAAUAUGGGCGCCAGGAUGCCCUCAUUGGCGAUAUUUUCCCGACUGACGGCCACACUGACUGUCAAUGUCCUACCUGCCGAGUGAACAAACUCCUGAUGGUGCUGUAUCGAACUAGCUUCGAUCAAGCCAGCCGCAUCCAGAGCACUACUUACUAUGUCUUCAUCGAGUUUUCAGACAUUGUCCGGGAUAAUGACAGCUCUUGGUCAAAGGGACUGAAGCUGGCGGAUGAGGAAACAAAGAGUUUUGUUCUUGACCUUGUUACUAGCCAUAGACAAUCCGGAUAUAGGAGGUAUUACGACGGGCUUGAAGUGCGAGAUAUCGUUGAACGGAAAGGAAAGGGGUUGGUAAUUCUUUUAUACAUCUCUCCCGUUUACUUUUCUCCACUCUGCAUUACUGAUUUGGAUGUUGGGCUCCCUGGAAUGGGAAAGACAUCGACGGCUGAGACUGUGGCGAUCAAGGUAGGAAAGCCUCUCUUUGCUAUCAGCGUGACUGAUGUUGGUACGGCAGCUAAACAUGUUGAGUCCAAUUUAAGGAGAGUAUUCACCUUAGAAACUACUUGGCAAGCAAUCUUACUCAUGAAUUCUGAUGCUAACCACCAACCAAAUUGCCCAUUGGCGUCGCUGUGCAUUCACACAUUCACAUUACCCAUAAAGUACUGUGAUUCGGACGACGAGAGUCGGGCACUGGCCAUCUUCCGGAAUUUCCUUGAAUCCCUCGAUCGCAAUGGUAAACAUGAGGUUCAUCGUAUCAAGUUUGAUGGUCGUCGGAUUCGAAAUGUUGUCACUUCAGCAUUUAGUCUCGCUCGUGCGCGUGGAGCCAGAAAGCUAGAGAAGGACCAUCUUUCUAAAGUUUGGGAUAAUAACAUAACAGGAGGAUUCAAUGAAGCAGUAAUCAGCGCAGGCAGGGGUUUGCCCCGAGAUCAAUCACAGAUGGAUCGACAGUAA